AUGAGGUUCGUCCAGGUCUUGUCUACUGUCGUCUCCCUCUUUGCGUCCGUCCUAGCACUACCACAGGCAUCGCAAGGCAGCAGUGGUCCUCCAACCGUGACGAUCGAGAGUGGCGUGGUACAAGGAGUGUCGACCGCUAUCCCCGGCGCUUCGCACAAUAUAACCAAAUAUCUAGGUGUACCCUUUGCGGCGAAGCCACUGCGAUUCGCCCCUCCAGCUGCUCCCCAAGCGUGGAAGACGCCGUUCAAGGCGACCAAGUAUGGGCCAGCUUGUAUCCAGGAAUUCGCCUACCCGGCACACGACAUUACGAUUUCGUGGUUCAAUACUCCUCCCCCACCAGCCGGGGAGAGUGAGGACUGCUUGAACGUCAACAUCUACGCGCCAGCGACAGGGAAGAACAAGACGGUCAUGGUUUGGUUCUACGGUGGCUCUCUUGCAUUCGGCGCCAACUCCCUGGCAGCAUACGAUGGCUCUUACUUCGCUGCGUUCCAGGACGUCGUCAUCGUGACCGUGAACUACCGUACCAAUGUCUUUGGCUUCCCUUGUUCUCCUGAAUUGCCCGCUCGAGGCAACAAUCUGGGCUUUCUCGACCAACGAUUCGCCCUCGCUUGGAUCCAGCGCAACAUCGCGGCCUUCGGCGGCGAUCCCGCCAAAGUGACCAUCUUUGGCGAAUCCGCCGGUGGACUCUCCGUCGACGCGCUGGUAACGUCCUUCGCCACCAACCCGCCUUUCCGUGGCGCGAUCGAAGAGUCCGGCCAAGGGACCUAUCGUGCUCUGGUCGCGGAUCCGCACAAAUCAUGGACCACCCUCGCCGCCGCGGUCGGGUGUAACACGACGGCCACAGUUUCCCAUCUGAAAUGCAUGCGCGGCCUGCCUGCAUCGACGCUCAAAAACGCAAGCGAACACCUCGGCCUCGCAUUCACACCCAUGGUGGACAACUAUACGUUCGUGGCGAACCGUAGCGAGGCACGUGCUGCCGGCAAGAUCGCCAAAGUCCCUAUCAUGGCAGGGACUAAUGCCGACGAAGGCACGGUCUUUACGUAUGGAGACAGCAACCUGACAGAGUACCUUGCAGCUGCCCUGCCCACGGCACCAGUGAGCUACCUCAGCCAGAUAACGAGUGCCUACCCGAUCGGAAGUCCGGGGAUUGCCAAUGUUUCGCAGCAGAUCGCCAAGAUUUACACCGAGUUUUCAUUCCAGUGCACACAGGCCCGGGUGUUGCGGGAUACGAAACGAGCGGGCAUCCCGACGUGGAGGUACUUCUACAACGCCACAAUCCCACAACUCGAGCUCUUCCCCGGCGCGGGCGUCUACCACUCCUCGGAGAUCCAACUCGUCUUCGGCACCUACCGCCACAAUCCGCAGCAGACGCAGACUCCCCUUGAGCAGAAACUGAGCACCUACAUGAUGGGUGCGUGGGCGCGGUUCGCGAAGAACCCCACCCAAGGACCCGGGUGGCCUCAGUUGCCCGUGGUGACGGCACUGGGUGGCGAUGGCGUGAUUAACGCGUCGAUUCAGAGUAGCGUGGUUGAUAGGAGAUGCGCGCUGUUUGAUCCGGUGUAUGAUCUGCUGCAGUGA